AUGCCACAACUAGACACAUCAACAUGAUUUACCACCAUCCUAUCCAUAUUUCUGACCCUAUUUAUUAUCUUUCAACUGAAAAUCUCAAAACACACCUACCACCCAAACCCUGAGACUACUCUUCCCAUAACACAAAAACAGCCUACCCCCUGAGAAACGAAAUGAACGAAAAUCUAUUCGCCUCUUUCAUUACCCCUACAAUCCUAG